AUUCUUCUUCCUCGUCAUUUCUUCUGCCGGUCUCAAUCUCUUUUCAUAGUCAUCGAGACUAUUGGAUUGCUUCUUGUUUUGUUACUCCCGAUUCACGAUCCCUCGAGCGUUACCAUUGUGGUUCCGAAGUGAUUGUUUUUGCCAAUCAACUAUUGACACACUACUGGAGUCGGGCUUGAUGAAAUACGCAGACCAUGAAGCUGUUAGCUAUCCCUAGUGAGGAGGAAUUCGACUCAUUUCCUCCUGCUUUGAGACGGAAGUUCUUCUCGAAUGUCGAACGCUUCCGCAUGCGCCUCGCGCACAGCGAUCCUGACCAUGUCCUCGACUAUCAAUUCAAUACUAGCCCGUCCAGUGCACCUCGUUGCCUCCACUUUCGCACCUUCCGGAGUCGGCCUUCAUCGGUAGCGAAGCCUUUCAGCAGCAAAAGGCGUCGUCGCUUGGAGAAACCAUUGUUCAACUAUCCUCCCUCUUUCUCCUAUGUCCCUCAUAAGCGGUCCAAACCCGGUUCCCUUAAGGUGGCUUAUCUUGCGACUCAGGCCGACUCGCAAUGUUUCCAUUCACUCCCACCUAAAGUCCAGCAAAAACACUUCUCUAGAGAAGAGCAACUCCGUCUCCGCCAGGUCUAUUGCGAGAGCGUGAUUCUUGACGCCGCAGACGAGACCCUGUACCGGUUAGAGCAAAAGGAACGUCGACCUCGCUGGUCUUCAGAGAGCCUGCCGUCAGAGACUACCACCCCCUUCUCUCAGUCGUCCACCCUUUACCUGUCUGAUUCAGACUCAGAAUCAGAGGACGAAAUGGACGACUCGCUGUACGACAGUUUCCGGUGGUUGGAUGAAGAUGGAGAUCUCGACCUAACCCUUGAUGAAUACCAUGCACACGUCGUCAAUACAACAUCAAAGCCGGCACCUCGCAGGAUGCCUUCUUUCCGGAGAACCCUAUCAUUCAACUCAAACAAUUUGGCUCGCAAACCAAUGGCCUCUAUUGCGCACAGGAGGAUCCCGGCAUCGAGUCAGUCCUCCAAUGUUCCUUCUUCACUGGCCAAUAUUAUUGGCCGCACCUCCACUACAUCUCGGCCCUCGUCAAGUCACCGACAGGUUCAGCAUGCUCCCCGUUCUUCUACUUCGAGCAUCGAUCCCUCUGCACAAUACUAUCAAGACCCCGAAGCCCGUCUCAAGCUCAGAGUCUACCUAGCAUCACCGCAAAAGUUUGAUGAGGCAAUCGAAUUUGGGUUCCCGGCAGUGGAAAACAACAAGGAGAAUCUUCCUCUGGAAAGUCCAGAGAUCAUUGUGCCCGGAUCCACGCCAAACCCGCAAGAAUACACCGGCACAUUUUUCAAGGAAGAAGAUGAGAUUUCAGUUGGUGGGGAUAAAGAAGGAAAGACUCAAUCAGUCAUAUCCCGGUUGUCUCCUAUUGCCAAAGAGUUUCCAAGUCCAACCAAUGCUACCUUUUUGGGGAACAAGCGGCAUUCGUCAAUGCCAACUCCCAAGCCUGGCCCUCACCGGAUUCCAGGUAACCGGGAGAUGACUCUAAAAAUGACCUUGACUCGCCCUGAUCUCCGGACAGAAUCACCGUCUGUCUCCCCAUCAUCUGCGGAGGACCCAUUGAAAUUGGCAGAUCUCCCUCCAGCCAGUAGCAGUCCAUAUACUUGGGAAUUAGACACGGACGACCAGAGCAUAAUGAAGAAGAUGUGGCGCAAGUUUCGGAAACGAUGUUGAACCUUGUCAAGCCCAAGUGUUCAUCAGUUUGAUGCUGCUUCUUCACGCUUCUACUUCUUUCCCCCACGAUUGACGAAUCCGGCCUUUCUCUCUAUUUCCGCCUCAUUUACUUGCAAUGUCCUCAUUCGCAUACAUAUUUUAACUGCAUUUUGAACUAGCAUUGCCCGCAUCACCUUUCCAUUUUGAGAGAGACGGCUCUGUUAUGAUUGUACAUAUUU